AUGUCGACCACAAAAGAUGCUUCCAAGAAUAAGGUCGCUGAAGGCCGUACCGCCAAAAAGCGGUCUGCAAAGGACCUCGACAACGACGCUGGCGCUUCCUCUUCCAAGAUCCAGAAAGUGCACCCUUUCUUCCAGCAAAGACAGCCUGGAGGUCAACUCGCAGAAGAGGAAACUGGUCCGUUUAAAUGGUUGCAACCAUUAGGACCAAACAAGACAUGUCUACAUGGGGUGCACUUGACGCCUGUUAGUCGCCCGAAAGUAGCAGCGUUUGACCUGGAUGGCACGGUUAUCAAGGCCGAUAUCCGUAAUACAUCCACCGAGUGGCACUGGUGGGCCCCCGUUGUCCCCAAGAAGCUACGUGAAGUUCACGAAUCAGGGUUUUCAAUUGUGUUCAUCUCCAACCAAGCAAUCAAACCUCUCCCUCUCAAGAACUGGAAGGAGAAAGUCAAGCUCAUUGCCAACGCUCUCGGCAUCCCCUUCCGAAUCUUUGCAGCAAACACAAAGGACCAAUAUAGAAAACCCAUGCCCGGGAUGUGGGAUGAACUUGAAGCUAUUUUCGCGAAGGAUGGGGUUACUAUAGACCGGGACCAAUCCUUCUUCGUUGGCGACGCUGCAGGACGCAUUUACUCAAAGUCGAAAUCUGACUUUGCUUCCACGGAUAGGAAAUGGGCGAUUAACGUCGGUUUGCCCUUCCAAACCCCAGAGGAAUAUUUCCUCGGCCUUCCGGCCCACGAGAAUUUCUCUUUGCCUGGAUUUAAUGUCUCUUCUCUGCCUGAACGUCGGUCGCAUCUCACCUUCCGUGAUCCCCCCUACUUAUCCUUUCCAGUCCCAGAUGUUCUCCCUUCAUCCUCUGCCCUCUUACCCAAGCCUUCGGCGCAAGAAAUCGUCCUUUUCACGGGUCCCCCCUGUGUCGGAAAAUCAACCUUUUACAAGAAGCACUUCAAAGCUGCAGGAUAUACCCACAUUAAUCAAGAUACCCUCAAAACGCGCGCGAAAUGUGUAGCUGCUGUCCUCGAUGCCAUUUCUAGAAAAGAAAGCUGUGUCAUAGAUAAUACCAACCGAGACGUCGCGACUAGAAAGCACUACAUCGACGUAGCAAAGAAGCACAAAAUCCCAAUUCGUUGCUUCCACUUUACAGCGCCUGUAGAGCUAGCUUGGCACAACAACCUGUACCGAGCCUUUAUUGAAAAGGCGGAAGAGGAGCCUCGAAGGUCACUUGUCCCAUACACGGCAGUAAUCGGCUUCAAGAAUGCGUUCGAAGAGCCCACUCUUGAAGAGGGAUUCUCGGAAAUCCGACGCGUUAACUGGAAUUUUGAGGGGACGGAAGAAGAGAGAAAGAGGUGGUCAAUGUGGUUACAGAUAGACGGGAAGUAG